CCACCACCGUCGGGCCAGCCAUUCCCAGUCCAGCCGGCAACGCGUCACCGUCUCUCGCCAUGGAGUACCAGAAGGCUGCUCAAUGGGCCGCCCAGCACUUGGAGAGCUACCGGAAAGACCCCAGUGGCUGGAGCGGCUGUAAGCGAGCGAAUAACGUCACAAUAUCUUGGAGACCUUCAAAUAUAUUUCAUGGAAACCUAUACAGAGCAGAAGGAGUUUUAGCUGCAAAAUCAGAGGAUGUGUUUAAAUGUAUAAAGCCAGAGACUGGUGGACUUAGAGAAAAAUGGGAUGAGAACGUGAAUAAACAAGUAGUGGUUGAAUCCAUAAACAAUGACAUUUGUAUCCUGCGAACGACUACACCCUCGGCUCUCAUGAACAUGAUCUCUCCAAGAGAGUUCUUAGAUGUGGUCCUGAUCCAACAUAAUGAGGACGGCUCAAAAAUGACUGUGGCAACCAACGUGGAACAUCCCUUGAGUCCACCUCAGCCAAAUUACGUGAGAGGCCUGAAUUUUCCCUGCGGCUGUUUUCUCAUUCCUGUUCCAGGGGAUCCAAAUAAGACCCGCCUGCUCAGUUUCUUCCAGACAGAUCUAAGUGGCAACCUUCCACAGAAAAUCGUCGAAUCUUUCUUACCAAGGAGCAUCACAGCGUUUUACGGGAAUUUGGCUAAUGCAGCUGUCACAUUGGUAGCGUAGAGCAGGAGUCGCCAACUUUUCGGACCUCAGGGACCACUAAAUUCAUAAUUUUAAAUCCUACGGACCACUAAUAUGAAUUUUUUAAAAAGAUAAAUAGUAUGUAGUGCAAUAUAAAAAAAAUGCAAAUAAUUUUUCCGCAGACCACGAAAAUUUUCUCAUGGUCCGCGGAUCACCGGUUGGUGACAGCUGGCUUAGAGAGCUGAGGUGGCACAGUGGUUAGAGUACAGUACUGCAGGCUACUUCAGCUGACUGCUAGUUGCAGUUCAGCAGAUUGAAUUUCACCAGGCUCAAGGUUGACUCAGCCUUCCAUCCUUCCGAGGGGGGUAAAAUGAGGACCCAGGUUGUUGGGGGCAAUAGGCUGACUUUGUAAACCACUUAGAGAGGGCUGUAAAAGCACUAUGAAGCGGUAUAUAAGUCUAACUGCUAUUGCUAUUAAGCUAAAUUCCCUGUCUCCUCCCACCCCCCAUUCCAUUUCUAGUCUCAAAGGGAAAACAUACUGUAGCUGGGCUGUAUAUUAAUAAUACUGAGACUGCACAAGCAACUUCCUGGGGCUGAAUUCAAAACUGUGAUCUGUUUGAAAGGAUGUGCAUGAAUUUCUCCUUAAUUUAGACGGGGAGCUUGUGAGCCCAGGUCUAGAAUUAAAUAGCACUUUAUUCACA